AUGGUGAACAUGGGAGUUAUAUUGUUUGAUGUGUGCACUGUGUCACGAACAGACAGAGAGACCAAGUUAACUUUAGUGUUUGAACACGUGGAUCAGGACUUGACUACUUACCUGGAUAAAGUUCCAGAGCCUGGAGUGCCUACUGAAACUAUAAAGGAUAUGAUGCUUCAGCUGUUUCGGGGACUGGAUUUUCUGCAUUCACAUCGUGUGGUGCAUCGGGACCUGAAACCCCAAAAUAUCCUUGUAACCAGCAAUGGGCAGAUAAAGUUAGCUGACUUUGGCCUUGCACGAAUAUACAGUUUUCAGAUGGCUCUUACCUCAGUG